AAGAAGAAGAAGAAGAAGAAGAAGAAGAAAUAGAAGAAGAAUUGCUCUGUUUUAAAAUUCAGAGAGAGAGAUUUUAUUUGUUAGGAGGCAUUUGUGGACAUUUAGUAGCUAGUAGGCCGUUUUCAUUUCUUUGUUAUCAGUGAAUCCACAAUGAUGAACUAUAGUGACUACGACUCUGACGGAUAUUCGUCUGAUGAGGACGCAGACUACGUUCCUUCAGAUAAUAAUCUCAGCGAGGAUGACAUUAAUGAGUGUUUAAAGGAAGACCCUCUGAACGCAGAUGAUGAUGUACCACAUCCUGAUGAUGUCAGCAAAACAAAAAGGAAGACGAAGGCCAUCAGCAUGAGAAAAAGGAAGAAAGGAGUACUAAAAUUUGAGAAUGAAGGAAGGGAUGGCGGUGGAGCACAAGUGGCCAAUCCAGCCCAGGAAGAGAUGAUCAAACCCAGAGGGGUAGAGGAUGAUGAUGAAGAGAGACUGAAGAAAAAAUCAGAUGACCUCUGGGUGAGCUUCCUGUCUGAUGUUGGAUCCAGGCCCAAACAAUCCACAGAUAAUGCUGAGUCAAGUACCACACAGAAGGCAGACUACUCAGCAUUGAAGACGUCUCUUUUGACUACAGAAACAACAGCAUCAGAACCUGCCAAAGUCACCAUCACUAAAGUUUUUGACUUUGCUGGAGAAGAAGUUAGAGUGAAUAAAGAGGUGUCAGCAAACUCCAGAGAAGCUAAGAGUUAUCUAAAGAGCCAAAACGCUGAACAGGAGGAGAAUGGAGAUGAAGACACAAACUCAUCACCCGGUCAACAACCUCUUCCUGGCACCAGUGCUAAGCGGCCAGCAGGCAUGUCGAGCAUUCUGGGUCGUAUUGGGGGAAAGAAACAAAAGAUGAGCACACUUGAAAAGUCAAAGAUGGACUGGGACGCGUUUAAAUCGGAGGAGGGCAUCACAGAGGAGCUGGCUAUCCACAACAGAGGCAAAGAAGGGUUUGUGGAGCGGAAGAACUUCUUGGAGCGAGUCGACCAUCGCCAAUUUGAAUUAGAAAAAGCAGUGCGGCUGAGCAACAUGAAACAAUGACAGAGUUGCUGUUUCCUCAGUAAAGCGGCCUCAGACUGGUGCUGCGGCUUGGUUCUAUUUCAGGACAUAGAUCUUAAUAGGCUUAUUUUGUGUAAUGGUCGAGUGUUGAGUUUUCUGUCCUUCAAUUCAAUUUUCAAAUCCUGAGAACAUUUUUGAAUAGUGAGGUCAUUCUUGUCUGUUCAUGGGGCUGAUUUAAGACCAAGACUAGAAUCAUUUGCUAUUAUUACAACUUUUGUUUUAAUUUUGUACAUUGCUUUUGUUUGAUAUUGUAACACUGUACUCACCAGUUUAAUUGCAGAGAUUUUUUAUUCUGAAAGUCAGGCACAAGAAACAUAAGCAGUCAGACAAUGUAAUAGACAGACUCAACUUACAGAUUUCAACAAAAAAGAUCAACAUAGUAAUAUAGAGGAUAUACACUUAAAUUGGGAUCUGGUAAAAGUAAGGUAGAGCAACUGGCUCUGGAAGUAUUUUUUUUUCCUCUGUAGUUUCCUUAGAGAGUAAAAUUGUACUGCCCAUAAAAAGCAUUUGGGUCAGAAUCAAAAUAAACCUGUAAAUGCGAAGGCCUUUGGUCAAA